UAAUUUUUCAAAUUUUAAAAUUUGCGAAUUCCCAAAUUUCCAAAAUUUAAAAUUUAAAAGUUUAGCAACCAAUAAGCAAUGAGGUUGAAUCCUUUUUCCCCUACGUUGCCAUUUUCCCUAGAGAAACCUGCCAUGCUCACCAGUGUACUGCCUGUUAUCUUCUGCUGUCAAGUUGACAGGAAAAGGAUGUGUCUGUAUUCUUAUCAGUAUUAAAGUCUAAACAACCUAUUUUAAUUAACUUGAACGUAUUAAAUAUGUGUGUUAAACAAAUAUGAUAUUUACAAGCAAUUUGUCAUUUCAAAUAACAUUUUAAAAUCACUUUUAUAACUUUGAUUUGUGAACAUUUACUACAAUUCGAAUUUUAAACCAAUAUCUUCAUGAUGAAUACAUAUAACAAAAAUGGAUCAGGUGUAUCAGGAAAUGCUUUCGAUUGUUGGGUACAAAGAACUAACAUGCACGAUGAUUCUGCCAUAACAAAAAUGCAACAUCAGUUCUGGGUUACGAAGCAAGCUUUAUCAAGAAAAUUGGGAAAAAAAGAAGAUGAAUGUAUAGUAGCAUCUGAUGCAGAACUAGAUGCUAAACUAGAAUUAUUUCGCAGUAUUCAAGAAUCCUGCUCUUAUUUGCAAAGAAUUAUUGAUAAAUAUCAAGAAAGAUUAUGUGACCUUGCACAGGAAGAAAAUGCAAUGGGUAGAUUUCUUAAAGAUGCCGGUAAACAAGACAAAACUAGAGCUGGCAAGAUGAUGUCAGCAGUUGGAAAAUCAUUAUCUUAUUCUGGUCAACAAAGACUAGCACUGAGAGCACCACUUGGUCGAUUGUAUCAAGAAGUAGAAACAUUUAGACAAAGAGCUAUUGAAGAUACACUGCAAAAGGUUCAAGCAAUGGAGAAAGCUCGUACAGAAUAUAGAGCAGCUCUAUCAUGGAUGAAAAAUGUUUCUCAAGAAUUAGAUCCUGAUACAUCAAAACAGCUGGAAAGAUUUCGCAAAGUUCAAACACGUGUUAGACAGGGCAAGAUAGCUUUUGAUAAUUUAGCUUUGGAUUGUCUCCAAAAAGUAGACCUGUUAGCAGCAGCAAGAUGUAACAUGUUCAGUCAUGCCCUAGUUUUAUAUCAGAGCACGCUUCUAAAUUUCACCAAAAAAUCUGCACAAGCAUAUUCAACGAUAGCAAGCAGUUUUAAAGGAUAUCAACGAUACGAUUUUAUGGUUGUAAGAGAACUCGCCGAACCUUCGAGUAAACUAGCUCAGGAAACGGGGGGUGAUGAUGAUCUUGAUGAUAAAGACAAAUUAUCAUUCUUUGAUAUGGAUUUUCAUGAUAAUAUUGAGGAAGCAGAAGAAGUUCAACCUACUACAGCAAAUACAGUUGAAAAUAAUAAAGAGGAUGAAAAAUUGCUGGAUAUUGAAUGUGACACAAAGGACAUAUUAGAAUUUGAAGGAUUAGAUAUAAAUUCUAGUUCUUCGAAAAAUGGAAUCACAGAAUCCACUUCUAACUUAGAACAUAAAGAUGAUGUUGAUCAACUUUUUAAAAGUUUAUCUUUAGAUAAUACGUGUCAUAAUAAUAAACAAUCAACCAACGAUAUGCAAGAAGGAAAUCAAAUUCAACUUGAUAAAAGCUUUGAUGAUCAAAGUUUAGGAAUGGACAUAUUUGAUAGAUCUGACACCAAUUUUAAUUUGACUAACUUUUCUUCUUUAGAAGUACAAAAUCAAGGGGAACAAUCUUUGCACUCUCUCACAUCUGAAAAUAUUGUUCUAUUAAAUGAUCUUUUCAGUGAUAAACAGAGUACUGAAAAUGAAUGGGAGGCAGCCAUGUCUACUGAUACUUUUUUACCACCAAAUAUUUUGAAACAAAGUUUAGGCGACGCGGCACUUGGUAUUGGACAAAAGAGUACUUUGACUAUGAAUACUGGUGACAAAAAAUCGAGUAAGACUGGAAAGCAAAAGGGUAAUUCUUGGUUGGACUUAUUUGCUGAAUUGGAUCCAUUAGCUAAUAACCCAAUGGAAAAUCUUUCCAACGACAGCAAUGCCUCUGCUUAAUUUUUUAAAGCAGUUAAAAUGUAUUAUUAUUAUUAUUAUUAUUUAUACUUAGUUGCAGUUUAUAGAAACAGUCAGAGCAUACGUUUUUAUUGUUUCAAACAAUGCAAUGUUCAGACAUCAUUCAUUUAUUGCGUUUGUACUAAUAUUUCGUAUUUAUUAUUUAAAACUUAACAUUCCCAGUUUCUAAAGUUUCACGGAAACCUAAACAAUGUAAGAUAAUAAUCAAAAAUAUUUAAAUUUGGUAUCUUUUUAGUUUCGCACCAAAGAAAUAAGAUCUGUUACUUUAUAAAUAUGCUAGUCAAGUACUUUUUCUUAAAUACAUUAAAAAUAUUUUUUGCCAUUUUUUCUUCAU